UCCUUUCACCUUUUGCUGUUGAUUUCCCUUUCAUUUUAUUUUAUAGCCUCUUCUUCCCUCAAGCGGGGUCCUUCAAUCUCAUUUGGGGGAACCUCCGUCCAUGCAUUACUCAUUUUAACCAUAGAGUUCAUGCUGUCUUAGAUUUUUUUUUUUUUUUUUUUCACGUUCACUUUCUUCCUGCUUGAAACUAUUAUUGUUUAGAACCAUAACCUUGCCUCACAUAGCUAGGAAUCCUUCUUGGACGUUUUCUUCUUUGAUUCUAGACACUUAGAAUAAUGAAUUGUUUUCCGUGUUUUUCAAAGAGUAAGAAAAGCAGCAACAAGAAGGAACCACAAGGGCCUACACCACAUGAAACCGUUGUAACAACAAAAGCACCUACGGAUGUAAAGAAACCAAAGCCAGACGAACCAACAAACCAAGUUGAUACUACUACGACUAUUCAAGCACAAAAUUUCACAUUCCGUGAGCUGGCAAUUGCAACAAAGAAUUUCCGCCAAGAAAGUUUGCUGGGUGAAGGUGGCUUUGGCAGAGUUUAUAAGGGGACAAUUCCUGCAACUGGACAGGUGGUAGCAGUGAAGCAACUAGACCGAAAUGGGAUGCAAGGUAGUAAGGAAUUUCUGGCUGAGGUUUUGUCGUUAAGUCUCUUGAGCCAUGAAAAUCUGGUCAAAUUUACUGGUUAUUGUGCUGAUGGAGAUCAACGUCUUUUGGUGUAUGAGUUCAUGCCCGGAAACUCUUUAGAACACCGCCUUCUUGAGAGGAAAGCAGAUGAACCUCCUUUAGAUUGGUACAGCAGAAUGAAAAUAGCAUCAAAUGCCGCGAAAGGACUAUGGUACUUGCACGACAAAGCAAGUCCUGCAGUUAUAUACCGGGACUUGAAAUCCUCGAACAUCUUGCUGGAUAAUGAUCACAAUGCAAAACUAUCUGAUUAUGGACUGGCCAAACUUGCUGGUAAAGAUAAGAUGAACAUUGUACCCACAAGAGUUAUGGGAACCUAUGGUUACAGUGCUCCGGAGUACGUAAGAACAGGUAACCUCACCUUGAAAUCAGAUGUGUACAGUUUUGGAGUUGUCUUGCUAGAGCUCAUAACUGGACGGCGUGCCGUUGACACCACAAGGCCCCACGAUGAGCAAAAUCUUGUUUCAUGGGCACAACCCAUAUUCAGGGACCCAAAGAGAUAUCCAGAUAUGGCAGAUCCAAAUCUGAACAAAAAUUUCCCGGAAAAGGAUCUGAACCAAGUUGUUGCAAUUGCAGCCAUGUGCUUGCAGGAGGAAGCAGCAGCCCGUCCUUUGAUGAGUGAUGUUGUGACUGCUCUCAGUUUUCUUUCCACCACUCCUCCAGAUGAGAUUUCUCAAAAACAGGUUAGUGCAAAAUACACAGAAAGUGAAGAGGCCUCAGAAUCUGAGUAUGGUUAUGAUGAGAAUGAAAACCAACAUAAUUACAGUCCACAAGACAUUAAGGAGACCAAGGAGUACUACUCCAAAUCAAGUGGCAAGAGCAGAAGCAGUUAUAGUUCAGAUUCAGAAAACGGAAGCAGUAGGAAAAGCAUCAUGAAAUCUUCCUUGAGACAAAAGAGCAGUAAAAAAUCUUCUGCGAGCCAAAAAAGCAGCAAAAGGUCUUCUGUGAGAGUGUUAAGUCACAAGGGGUCCGUCAGUUCAUCCUAUAGCAGCAAUGAAGAUGGUGGUGGUGAUCUUUUCCAGCGUAGUGGAAGCAGGCCAUCAGAAGGGAAUGUUUCAAUUGGCCUAAUCAGCAGCGAGAGUGUUCUGUCAGACAAUGACAGCAGCUUAAGGUCCAGGGAAAGGAGCAGCAUUCAUUUAGAUCAUAGCAUCAGCAGGGAAUCAGAGGAGGGAAGUGUUCAUUAUCGAUAGAGAUUAUCAACAAUACUUUGUAUACUCAUGUCAAUGUCUGUUAAUACAUCAUGGUCGAGCGAAACAAGUCAUAUCUGCUAUCCUCUAAUUUUAAACUUGGAACUCGGACAACCAUAUAUAUAUAUCUACAUAUUUUCUUGUUUUGUUUGAGUAGGUUUCAGCGGUAUAUCUGUAUGUACCUCUUAGCUCAAGAAAAAAAAGAGAGACAAUAACCUUGGAUUUCCAUAGAGGAUUGUUGACAUUAUUGGAAUCAGUUACAAUCCUUGUCUGUAUUAUGCAAUUAAAAAUUCUGGCAAUUCUAAUGUUAUUAAUUCCUUUUGUCACAAA